AAGAGAACUUGCUUACAGACUGCACUACAAUAGGUUUGCCAGAGGCUGAGACACUUCUGGCAGAGCUGAUCAAGUAUGACAUUGCUGAGGUAGAAAGUGGAGUUAGGUUGUCUGUCUGUGGACAGAUGUUAGAGAGCAGGGAUUUUAAAUCUCUGAAACAUCCUCACUGGUUAAAUGAUAAGGUGAUAAAUGCAUACUUGGACACGUUGACACUCGAAAACAACACAGAGGCCAACACUGGAAACUUCUGUUUCAAUAUUUCUACAUACAUGCCUCUGCUUUGGGAACGUGACCAAUUUGAUGACUGGAUGUUUAAAAAGGUGGCAUUCUCCCAAAUGAAGUGGAUUUUCCUUCCAAUCCAUGUGAGCAACAAUCACUGGAUUCUUCUGGUAGCUGAUGUUCCGAAUAUGGAAGUAUCAAUACUGGACUCAAAGUUAGGAAACCAUGUCAUGUAUGUUGAUAUGUGGAGAAGGUAUAUGGCUGUGAGGUACAGUCAUACUAAUGAAUUGGGAGGAUUCUGGGAAUAUGGUGGUCUCUGCUCUGCACCACAAAACGAUUCCAGCAGUUGUGGGGCUUUUGUUCUACUGAAUGCUCUUGCCCUGACGAGAGGCAUCAGUCCAAGCCAGCUGACACAACGCCAUGCAGUGGAAAUGAGGAAGUUUGUGUACCACAAGCUCAAACAAAAUGCAUUAUGUUAAAGGGUUAGUUCACCCAAAAAUGAAAAUUCUGUCAUUAAUUACUCUAUUUAUGAUAUUUUUGAUCAAAUCUGAGAGGUUUCCUAUUCCCAAGAGAAAGCUACAUAAUUACCACAUUCAUUGUUGCAAACUCCUCACCUUUCAGUGACAACUCACCUUUUUGAGAUCAAAAUAGGUCACUUAUGGGAUUUGCAUAGAUCUAAUGUGUUUUUGUGGGUGGGGGGUCUGAGAUGUGGAAACUUUUGAGGUCUGAGAUGUGGCAACAGUGAAAGGAGAGAGAGGGCAAACAGUUUAGCUCUAAUCAGCCAAUAUUGUCUUAAAUAGCCAUAGCACUUCAUCUUUUUAUAACAUGAGGUUUUGACUAAAUGUAGCCUAUUCAAUCUUGAUUUUGGUGAAAUGUUGCAACAAUUUUUUUGUGUGCGCGAGUAAAAUUACAGUUUUGAAAAUCUGUUUGGAGCAUGCCCCUGCCCUAAUUUUCUAACUUUUUUCCCCUUACCUGUUUGCAUCCCUGAGGUCCAGAGAAGAAGUAAAAACAUAAUAGACAUAAAAACUAAAAUAGUCAACAUGACUACAGUGGUUCAACCUUAAUGAUAUGAAACAAAAAUAAUGACUUUAUUUAAUUUCUUCUCUUACCUGUCAGUCUCCUACUCUGUAUAUGUUGUAGAGACAGAGCAGUGUUUCCGGGUUCUACGCCAGAACGCCGGCUCAUUAUUGGUCUGCCUCAUUAUCACACAUGCGUUGUGUUGCUAAUGUGAAGAACUGAUGUAGAACCUGAAAGCGCUGCACUGUCAUUACAACUGUCUUUAUAAUUAAUGAGAGAAAUUUCAUUUUUGGGUGAACUAACCCUUUAAUAUUUGUUCUUUUCUGCCCUUGAGUGCUUUUCCUACUUUUUACUUUCACUUUCAUAGUGUCACUGCACCUGACCCUGUGUUUCCUGUUUCGUCAUUGACCCAGUCUCCAAUGUGUUUGCUGUACCGUGGCAUAAAAUUGGAGUCAAGACGCAACUCGCAAGGCCUUCUGUUGUGUUAUAGCCUCUAUCUGUGUUUUCUAGGGACCUUCCAAUUUGUUACUCAUUUGUAAUGUGUUAUAACUUUUUUGCAUAUGUGUAAAUGGUAUAUAUUCUUAUUUCUAUUUCUUCAUUUUAAACAUAUUUUUUCCCUUCUCAUGCUAUUUUCAUACCCUUGCAUAUUGUAAAUAAAUCAUUUGCUUAUUCAGACUUGUGUCCUUUCCUUGUACACAUCACCUGGUUAUGACAUAUUUGUGUAUGUGUCUCCUCCCAAGUUUAAUGUUACAACCCUUUAUCCUUUGAUUCAUCACCAUCGGGGUCGUAACAGUUAGUUUUGUGUUCCAGGAAUAACAGAGGGUUACUUAAGUUUCAUUGAGUUUGUUCUCUGGGUGCAUAUAAAUGAAUUGCAUUCCAAAUAACAAUUUAACCACACAAAAUGCUCUUGUGUUUGUAUUAACAUGCAAAUUGUGUAAACUUGAUUACCUUUAGAUAUGUUACUGAACACCAUGUAUUAUUUUGUACUAUGAAUUUGUGUGAGAGACCAGUGAAGAGUGCAUGUUUAACAUUUUAUUUAAACAUCUAUAAAUGCCUCCUAAGCUAAUAGAUGUAAUUGACACAUUUAACUGCUUUAUAUAAACUUUUACUUUUGAAUAAACAGUCCUUUUUAGAAAUAAAAUGGUAAUAUAGUUAAGAUUUAUUACACUGUCAUUUGAAGACAUCACACCAGUGAAAUACAAUUGAUCUCAAAUUACACUAUAAAAAAUGUAAGCUGUGUUAAAGGGAUAGUUCACCCAAAUAUAAAAUUGUCAUUUAAUCACCCUCAAGUUGUUCUAAACCUGUGUAAGAGUUUCUUUUGUUGAACACGAGAAAAUGGGUUACCAGCAUUCUUGUUCAACAGAAGAAA